GAAAAUCUCAGCUUUUUGAAAUCUUUCCAUGCUUAGAGAGGUAUUCAGCUCUUUUUUCUUUUAAAUUCAGGCUCAAGAUAUUGAAACCCUAAAGAAGUUUCUUGUGAAUAAGAAGCCUCAUGUAGUUACUGUUGCAGGAGAGAACAGGGAUGCCCAGAUGUUGAUUGAGGAUGUGAAGCGCAUAGUACAUGAGUUGGACCAGGGCCAACAGCUUUCCUCUAUUGGGGUGGAGCUGGUUGACAACGAGUUGGCCAUUCUGUAUAUGAACAGCAAGAAAUCCGAGGCAGAAUUUCGGGAUUAUCCACCAGUUCUGAGACAAGCCGUCUCUCUAGCCCGGCGUAUCCAAGAUCCUCUGAUAGAAUUUGCCCAGGUGUGCAGCUCUGAUGAAGACAUCCUGUGUCUCAAGUUCCAUCCCUUGCAGGAGCACGUUGUGAAAGAGGAGCUGCUCAACGCCUUGUACUGUGAAUUCAUCAACCGGGUCAACGAGGUUGGGGUUGAUGUCAACCGUGCCAUCGCCCAUCCUUACAGCCAGGCCUUGAUCCAGUACGUCUGUGGCCUGGGACCUCGAAAAGGGACCCACUUGCUGAAGGUAGGUUUGGUUUGAUUAAAAAAUAAUCAU